ACAAGCAGAUGAAAUGGCGGACAAGGCAGAAGAAAUCAAAUGUUCCUCUGAACUUCAGUACUUUCGAGAGGAUUCUGGAGUUACAGACGUAAUUCUCAUGGUAGAAGACAAAGAGAUCCAUGUGACAAAAGUAAUUCUCAUGCGUUCUUCUCCAGUUUUCCGGGCCAUGUUUACUGAUGAUUUCAAAGAGAAAAGCGAAAGCAGAAUUACCUUUCCAGGAAAAUCAUAUGAAGAUUUUGUACUGUUUCUACGAAGUUUUUAUCCAGGGGAACAUUUGGAGCUUAACGUUUCUGUAAUAGAGAGAAUCUUACCUCUGGCAAGAGAGUAUGGCAUGGACGCCUUGAUGAAAAAUUUCCAUGAGAGGCUUUUGGUAGAUGCAGAAUCUCAAACUAAAGACGUUUUCUUCCAUUUAAAAUGUUUUUAUAUCGCUGCAGUUUACCAUUUUGAUGAGCUUUACAAUAGAAUGCUGGAGAAUCUGAAGUCCGUUGCUGUAAAUACCUAUAAGAACCGAGAAAGUUUCAAAAUGCUUCCGCCAGAGGACAAGGCCCAGUUAUACGAAAAACGCUGUGAAUUUGUUGAAAAACAUAAUUCGAAUCUCCUGAACAAAAUGUCAAGAAUUAAAGAGAACUUGGACUCAUUUGAAAUCUGGUGUGAAAAAUGUGGCAAAUGCAUGUACAUUUCCAGAAAAGACAAAAUAUGGAUUUGGGGAUGAAAGAUGAGCAUUUUGAAAUAUACGAGUACUAAUGCUUUCGUAUUAUUUCCUUCUUAACCUAAUAUAAAUAAAACAUUGUGUUUUUAUCUGCAUUUCUAGCAAACAAAUUUGAAGAUACGGAUUAAGGUCACGUGAUGGCAUAAGGACCUGUGUAAAUGUAUCUCCAAGAUAAAUGUUGAACACACACUUAUCCUACCUUCCUUCUAACUUCUUCGCAUGCCCAUACUGUGCUUUGGGUUCUUUCUGAUUUGUUUAUGUAUUCCCAAUUCUUUCCGCCCACUUUAUCAUUGCACUAUAGUCCCUCUUUCCUCUUUGGUAUCUUUGCAACCCCUCCUUCUUUCUUCUCUCUUCCAUUCCCAUACCCUUCCUUUCUUAUUUCUCUAUACCCUCUUCCUUCUUCUUCUUUUUAAAAUAUUAUUGUAUAUUUGUUGCUUGUACAUCAUGUGUAUACAAUUUUGUUACUUUGUUUGUGUUGGAGAGAACAAUCUACGUUGGCAUAACUUGUGUCCAAUUCCUUUGAUUGUGAUCAAUAAAAUAUGUUUAAAUCAAA